AUGACGGAAAAGCUCAAUGGCGUGACGGCUUCCCCCGCCAACCCUCAGCUGCAGGUGUCUGUGAAAACAGCCUCCGAAGGUGAUCCAGAGCAGAGUGGGCGCAGCAACCGCAGCAGAGUGUCCUUCACCGGUGAUGAUGCAUCUUCAGAGCUCCAGCGGGUGGCUGCCAUGGAUGAUGCAAAUCAGGAACCACACAAGCCCCCCCCGAAGAAAGGGGCCCUCUCCAGGGUAGCCCGGCUGGUGAUGGUUCUUCGGGAAUGGGCAAAUAAAAGCUUAAAAGAAGAGGAGCAGCGGCCGGACUCGUUCCUUGAGCGCUUCCGAGGGCCGGACGUGAAGACUUUGGCGGCGGCAGCUGAUGAUGGCUCUGGAGACCAGGACCAAAAGAAAAAGAAGAAAUGGAAAGUCUUUGUGCUGGACCCUGCCGGAAACUGGUACUACCGCUGGCUUCUAGUGAUCGCCGUGCCUGUUCUCUAUAACUGGUGCACGUUGGUGGCACGAGCAUGUUUCAAUGAACUCCAGAAAAAAUACUUGGUCUGGUGGCUGGUUCUGGACUACCUCGCUGAUAGCAUCUACAUCGUCGACAUUGUCAUUCGGCUGCGCACAGGUUUCCUUGAGCAGGGCUUACUCGUCAAAGACCUCAAGAAGCUGCGUGAUAAGUACAUUGGCACGAUGCACUUCAAGCUGGACGUCCUCUCUGUCCUGCCCACCGAUUUCGCCUACUUUGCCACCGGCAUACACCGCCCAGAGGUCCGCUUCAACAGGCUGCUGCGCUUCUCUCGCAUGUUUGAGUUCUUUGAUCGGACUGAGACGAGGACCAGCUAUCCAAACAUCUUCAGGAUCUGCAACUUGGUGAUGUACAUUUUGGUCAUCAUCCACUGGAACGCCUGCAUCUACUAUGCCAUCUCUAAGGCCAUUGGCUUUGGAGAGGACACCUGGGUUUACCCAAAUAUAUCAGACCCAGAGUACGGGUAUUUAACACGGGAGUACAUCUAUUGCCUCUACUGGUCCACCCUGACCUUGACCACUAUUGGAGAGACGCCCCCUCCUGUGCGGGAUGAGGAGUACCUCUUUGUCAUCUUUGAUUUCCUGAUUGGGGUCCUCAUCUUCGCCACCAUUGUGGGUAAUGUGGGCUCCAUGAUCUCCAACAUGAACGCCAACAGGGCAGAGUUCCAGGCCAAGAUCGAUGCCAUCAAGCACUACAUGCAGUUCCGCAAAGUGAGCAAGGAGAUGGAGGUCAAGGUCAUCAAGUGGUUUGACUACCUCUGGACCAACAAGAAGACGGUGGACGAGUGGGAAGUGCUCAAGAACCUGCCCGACAAGCUGCGGGCUGAGAUUGCCAUCAACGUCCACCUGGAGACCUUGAAGAAAGUGCGGAUAUUUCAGGACUGCGAGGCUGGGCUCUUGGUGGAGCUGGUGCUCAAGCUGCGCCCUCAGGUGUUCAGCCCAGGUGACUACAUCUGCCGGAAGGGGGACAUUGGCAAAGAGAUGUACAUCAUCAAGGAUGGGAAGUUGGCGGUGGUGGCAGAUGACGGUGUGACUCAGUAUGCUCUGCUGACUGCCGGCUGCUGCUUCGGAGAAAUCAGCAUCCUCAACAUCAAAGGAAGCAAAAUGGGCAACCGCCGGACGGCAAACAUCCGCAGCAUUGGCUACUCCGACCUCUUCUGCUUGUCUAAGGAGGACCUCAUGGAAGCAGUGACUGAGUAUCCAGAUGCCAAGAGAGUCCUAGAAGAGCGCGGUCGAGAGAUCCUCACCAAGGAAGGACUGUUGGAUGAAGCAGCAGCAGAAGGCAUGGAAGGCAUGGACGUAGGGCAGAAGCUGGACAGGCUGGAGGCCAGUCUGGAGACACUGAACUCCCGCUUCUCCCGGCUCCUAGCAGAGUAUGAUGCUGCCCAGAUGAAACUCAAGCAGCGCAUCACCUCUGUGGAGAGUAAGGUGAAGCAGGACAACCUGGAGGAGCUUUUCUCUGAUAGCCCCAACAGCCCACCCAGGGAUGAAGAAGAAGCCAAACCAUGA